AUGCCUGCAGAUUUGAAUUUUGGCAAGAGGUCAAAAGUGAAAUCUUGGAAAAAUAAUCUCGCAAAUCAGAAGUCAGACAAAUCUGAGAUCUUAUUCACAAAGUUAGAAAAUAUAACAAACUCAUCUUUCAGUAACCAAAAGGAUCUACCUGAAGAUGAAUUAGUUGAUUCGCAAGAUCCGUAUCACAUAGAAAAGCUAAAAUAUCCAGACACAUGUGCAAAGCUUAUAGAUCGCCUACAUGCCUUAUUACGUGCAUCGGCUAGGGAAUUGCAUACAAUACGGAUCGAGAAUUCGGAACUGAGACAAUUAUUGACAACUCUUAAGAAGGCCAAUGCUCUGCUUCAGGAACAGAUGUCGAAGGGCGGAUUCAGAUCACCUAAUACAAACCUCGAUUAUGUGACCUUACAGAACGAAAAUGAAAGACUUUCUAGUGAAUUAGAAAUCUCCAGAGGAAAAUUGAAUACCAUGUCAACAGCUUGGGAUGAUUGCUAUAAAAGGCUUUUAUCUGAAAACAAUAAACUUCGAAAAACUAUUGAUGAUCUUCAAGAAACCAUAAAAAUACUUCAACAAAAGGAUAAACCAAAGGCGAUAUGUGACAUACCCGCUUGUGAUGACUUGACUCAAUGGAUAGAAAAGGCACUAAAAUCUGCACUGGAAGAGAAUGUGGAAAGAGUGCGAAAAUUAAGCGGUGGUUCUCGUAUGAGCCUCGACCUUGAAUCCACAUCUUCUCCACCUCUGGCACCUCCGCCAUUCGUAACAAGGAGAUACUCCUACACAAACUCACAUCAGUAUACAAAACAUCCUGUUAAUGGUCGCAGCAAAAGUAGAAAGAUAAACCUGAGACUUCAAACACUGACAAAAACCAUGGAGACUUUAAAUAACCCAUGUCCUAAUAAAACAAGAAUCGUCUCACCUUUGGAAACUCUCCUUUUGAUGGUAAACGAAAUUCUUGAAAAGUUGACCGAGGGCAGAAUGGAGGAAUAUAUUCACAAUAAACGCCGGAAAUCGUUGCAGGAUAGAAAUAGCCGCCCAAUUCAGAUUGUAAUGACUACCACAACCGCAUAG